AUGCCGCAGCUGCAUGGCGGCGGCAUCCUAGGCAACAGCGGCGCCGACGUCACCCCCUUGUUGUCGUCGUCGGCGGCGGCGUUGCCCCCCUCGCUGUUUAAGACGGCUGCGCCGUUCCCGAGGCGCGAUGACUUUCGAGAGCUCCUGUACGACCCGAUGAUCAUCGCGCACGCGACGACAUGUGUACGCGAUGACUUCUUCAUGCUGCUGCAGGACGACCAGGGUGACGUGUUCCGCGUCUGCCUCACCCUUAUGGAUGUGCAACGCGCGUCCGACGCGCUGCGGAUGUUGCAGCAGCAGCGCGUUGGUGGCAUCGGCGGGUCGAAGGCGCCCCCUGUGACGGUGCCGUCGCCGUUGACGGUGUCGUACUUUGACACCAUUCCGCCGUCAACAGCGAUGGUGCUGUUCCGCCGUGGGUUCGUCUUUGCUGCGGGGGAGUCGGCCCCGACGCAUGGGCUGUACAAGAUCAUCAAGGAUGGCUACCGCACAGACAAGGAAUACAUUCUUUCCCGCAUGCGUAUGGUGGACCAGCGGAACAGCAGCAAUCGCUACGAGGACGGCGACGAUGAGGACACCAAAGGCGGUGGCCCUCAUGACCCCACUACUACUACUACUACUACUACUACUACUACCGGUGCUUCUGGCGAGGAGGAUAACAAUGUCCCCAAAGGGGGAAUGCUGCCGCCGUCAUUGCCCCAGGGCCCAGCGGUCCCUCUUCCCCCGCCGUCGUCACUCCAGAAGCCGCUACAGCAGCUGCAGCAACAGCACAGCCGUGUUGUGCCGCUGUUUCUGCCGCAUCAAUCCCUGCGGCACAUGGUGUUGCUAGAGAGUUAUCCAAACACACCAGCGAUAACAUCGCUUGCCGUAACCAUUCCACAACAGCAGCAGCAGCAGCAGCAGCAGGGAGCUCUCGAGUACAACCAGCAACAGCAGCCCCAUGUGCAGAUUGACGCAGUGGUGGGGCGCGGUUCCGACAGUGUCUUGAUACAUGCCCGCUAUGGGUACGCGGCGAGGCUGGAGAGCUCCUUCACACUUCCGGCCGUGUUCAACAGUCUGACACCGGUGCUCUCUGCGACAGCGAUGCAGCAGCGAUGGCGUGAGCUGCAGAUGGAAGCUGCAAAGGCUUCCGGUAGCGCAAGACAGCGCCCAACGGCAAAGAAAGCCUCCCGGCCCCUCAGCAGCGUAUGGGAUGACAAACUUUUGCUCUCGACGAGGCAGGGAACGACGGUUCUGUCCCUUGCGCUGACAGGGCAGGUGGAGCCAGACACACUCUCGGGUUUCAUCACCUCCGAGCACACCAUAGCGGCAGGGACCCUGCGCCACGGCGUCGGGUACGUCCAGAUCACACCAAGUUGCAUCUUAAUUCUUCCCUACCGAACGGAUCAGCAGCAGGUUGGCAGUGCUGUGGCGUCUCCAGUGGCGGAGGGUAUAACGUGGGUGCAUCCGCACGGCAAACGCAUCCUGGCCGCUGCACUCUCUGGCAACACAAUGGUCGUGUCCUUUGCUCAGGGUGGUGGAAUCGCCAGCUUCGACAUGGGUAUGAGCGGAACACGGCUGCAGCAGUUGGAGGCGAUCCCCUCCUUCCCACACGCCCCGGCGAUUUCACUGUUACAGGACGCCGAAAGCGAUGCCACAGUGUUUAAAGCAAACUCGCGCGCCUCAUCGUCGUCAGGGGGCCACGUGCUCGCGGCCAUCGCCACCGCCAGCCAGGAGGUGUAUAUUGUAAAUCCCAAGAAAUUGCGUGAACCUUUGGAGACCAUUCGCUGCACCGCCGAUGACAACAACGACCGUGCUAAUAACAGUAACAAUAAUAAUAAUAAUAGUAGCAAUGGUGGCGCUGCGCCGGCGAUCGUGUCCGUUCUUCUGACGUACCUUGGUAGGGCAGGCGGUGUGAGACGUCUGUUCUGCUUCAUUGGCCACAUUGACGGUACGGUGACGCGCUGUGAGCUUGACGCGACAACGUGUAAAUUGAUAGAGCGGGCGGUUCUAACAUGUGGUACUGCACCGUGCCAAAUGAUCCCUGGUGAUGCUGAACGUGUCUGCUACGUGCUGUGCGGCGAGUUCAACUGGCGCUGCGACGUUCGCGACGGCUUGCCUAAGACGGUGCCGUGGCGCUUCCCCUCACCGCAGGCGAUGUACGCCCCAUUCAGACGACCUCCGCCUUCUAUCACAGCUUCAGCAACCGCGACAGAGGUGGAGAUGCCGACGGGUGCGCGGGAGGAAUUGGUGCUUGGCGUGGCCGGAAACACGUUGUCUCUGUUCGCCGCGCAGCAGAGUGGCGGGUCCAGCACAGCGGAGACAGCGCUGGAGUAUAGCUUCAGCCACACGCCCCUCUCGGUGGCGGGGCGACGACUUCUGCAGCACCCCACACGACCCGAGUAUCUGCUGAUCAUUGGCACCGAGCAUCGCGGGUACGGUAUCGCUGCAGUCCGACGUGCGGCUACGGCAGCAGCGGAACAACAAAAUCGUCAUCAUAGCAGUAAUGUGGUGGGUGAUGCAGCGGAUAGCAAUAGCAACAAGAGAGCUGGCGGUGGUAUCCCAUUGGACAAACCGCAGCGCUCGCUGAACCACACAAACUACUAUGUCAGCACGCUACAGCUGUAUAACAAGCGCACGGACCGACUCGACCCGCCUGUGUACUUUCAGGAACGCGAGGCCGUGCUUUCAGCAACAGUUGGCAGUUUUAUCAAGGACUUUGGACGUGAGCCAGUGGUGGUGUCGGGCUGCGCAGAGCAGUAUACGCACGGCAGUGGGUGCGGCGUUGGUGCGUCGUGGAGCCAGGGCCGCCUCCGCGCCUUCCGCUUCGUUGUGGCGAACACAGGGAUGCCUGGUAGCAGUGCUCCGACGCUGCGUCUUGAGCAGCUGCACGACACGCUCAUCGCGGCAACAGAAAGCAGCCACAAUGGCGAGAAUCCUCCUCGCGCAGCGGCACUGGUGGACUAUCCCUCUGCGCUACAUAUCUGCGCAGAUGUGGGGCUCCUGUUCGUGGGCAUGGGGCCAGAGAGUGGACUGCAGGUGUAUGCGUGGGGACAGCGCCGCUUCUUGCGCAAGCGGCGGCUACCGAAUGUGCCGAGCCGCAUCACGUCGAUUGAAACGGUAUUCAUCACGCCGCCAGGCACGGCCUCAUCCUCCGCACUCACAUCAGCGUACGCGUCAGACCUCUUCCGUUGUCCGCCAAACAGCACAAUUGCACGGGAGCGGCGUCUUCUCAUUGUCUGCGGCACCCUUGAUCAGUCUGUCUUUAUCGCGACAGUGCAGCCCGGUGGCGGGACGUCGGGCGCCAUGUCGUUCUUGAUGCUCAUCGCACGCGAUGCGGUGCCGCGCAGUGUGACAAGCGUCGCUUGCCUCGACGCCCGCACCAUUGCAGUGGCCGACCGUUUCGGCAGCAUCGCGUUUUUGCGGCUCCCACACGACGCACGGCUCGGCUUCGCGGAGCCAUUGCCGCACAUGAGCGACGCGGAGCUUCUCGAGGCGGAGCGCUACGCCGCCCACGACCAGGUGCUUGACGAGGUCGCCUUGCACCACACCGGUCAGCUUGUCACAUCGCUUUGCGUGCACGACUACGACCCGAGCGGCGGCACCGACCCGUCCCUUGCGCUGCGCAUUUUGUACUACGCCACCUCACUUGGCGCCGUCGGUGCGUACACGCCGUUCGUGCGGGAAGAGGACGCCGCGCUCGCUGCCCACCUGCAGCCACUCGUCAGCGGACACGUGCGUUGCCCCCUGCAGGACGGUAGCGGUCACCAGCCGUACAACACUGCGGGCCGCCUCACAGCUACAGCAGCUGUGCUCGGGCCCGUGCAUCACGUUAUCGAGGGCGACCACGCGCAGCUACUACUACAUGCUUCCACAUCACUCUUUUCGACCGAGGCCAAGACGGAAGUGGAGGCGGAAUUGGGCAAGCGUGAGCGAGCAGAGGCGGCGCAAAGAAAGGUGCUUGGCCUGCCGCACCGCACGUGGCCGGCACUACCAGAGCUUGUGGCGAAGCAGCGCGCCCUUGUGACGCUCCCCCCGUAA